UUCCAAACAGACUCUUAACAUUCCAAUAGAUUCUGUUCUCCGAUCCUCCACCACACCAGGUCUCAUGACAUCCUUUGUUUCUUCUCUAUUUUACUUUGUGUGCAACACUAACUUUCCCCAAAACCAUGUCUUGUCAACAAUUAAUCCCCUCCUUCCACUCAUAAAAUCAUAAAUUUGUUGAUUAUGGGUUCAUCCAAGUCAGAUCUGAGGUCAACGAUCUACCCAGAACCCAUUGACCACUUGGACCAGCUACCUGAUCCAGUUCUUCUCUUAGUUUUCAAUAAGAUCGGCGAUGUUAAGACACUAGGAAGGUGUUGUGGAGUUUGUAAGAGGUUUCAUUCACUUGUUCCACAAGUUGACACUGUUGUUGUUCGUACUGAUUGUGUUAUCUCUGACGACAAUUCAUCAUCUUCAUCUUCCUCUUCCUCUUCUUCUACGUCUGAUAAGUCACGACACCCGAUUUCUUCUCUUUUUCGUUUUGUGUUCCAUGGUCUGGUUAAACCCUUUCAAUCACUUACUCAGUUGAUCUCAGUUUCAUGUAGUGCUUCGUCGUCGUCUUCUUCUCUUGUUGAUGAUGAUGAUGAUUUUGAGCGAACCCACCACUCCCCUACACAGGUUUUGAAGAAUUUUGAUGGAAUUAAGUUGCUCAGGAUCGAAUUGCCGACUGGUGAAUUGGGUAUUGACGACGGUGCUUUACUCAAGUGGAGAGCUGAUUUUGGUUCUACUCUCCAUAAUUGUGUUAUUCUUGGGGCGUCAUCGGUUAUUCAACCGGUAAGUUUUGGUGACGGCGAUGAUUUAGUUGAGGAACAGUGUGGAAAUAAUGGAGAAACGGAUAAUGGGACCAUACCUGAGUCAUUUUACACUAAUGGGGGUUUGAAGUUGCGGGUUGUGUGGACGAUAAGUUCUUUGAUGGCAGCUUCUGCAAGGCAUUAUCUGCUGCAGCUGAUUAUUGCACAGCAUAAGAAGCUUGAGAAUUUGGUUUUGACGGAUGUUGAUAGGCAAGGAGUAUUGUGUAUGAACAGGGAGCAGCUGGAGGAGUUGAGGGUGAAGCCCCUUUCAGCUUCAUCGGCCUCGAAAAGGACAAUGGUGCCAGCACUGAACAUGAGGUGGUGGUAUGCCCCGCAUUUGGAGUUGCCCGAUGGGACAGUGCUCAAAGGGGCCACGUUGGUAGCGAUAAGGCCUAGUGAGCAACCUAAGAAAGAGGUGGUUGGGCCAGAUGGGAAUUGGGUGGCAGCAGCAUUUGAGGAGCCCUAUGGGACGGCUGCAAGGAUGUUGGUUAAUAGGAGGACUUAUUGUUUGGAGAUGAACUCGUUCUGAACAGACUUGAAGUUGUCGGGGAGUUCCUUGGAUUGAUGACUGGGGAAAACUAAGGUGGAUUAACUGAUGCUGAAGAGGAGCGGAAAAGAGAAUUUUGUUUUGAGCUAGCUCACCCUGAAAACUGUUUGAUCAAGCCAGUCUUGCUUCUAGAGAUGAAAUGCCAGUUGCUGUUUAACUAUGAGCCUUAAAUCAGCCCGUGCACGAUGAUAGACAUCUGCUUAUGUUUUCUAAGAAAGCACACAGUGCUUCCGGUUCAUCUUACACGACCUUAUUGGAGUUAAUUAGUAUAAAAUAUAGUUAAUAAAAGACAGGUUAAUUAAUAAAGAAAAGAAAAGAGAAAAAUAUAAAAAAUUGGAUGGGUGGUUAGUAAUUAAUUAGGAGUUAAUUAUUAUAAAAUAUUAAUAAUAAAAGAAAAGUUAAUUAAUAAAGAAAAAAAAAGAAAAAAAAAUUGGAUGGGUGGUUGAUAAUUAACUAGGAGUUAAUUAGUAUAAAAUAUAAUUAAUAAAAGAAAAGUUAAUUAAUAAAAAAAAGAAAAGAACAAAAAUAUAAAAAUUAUAAUUUCUGACCUGGCGCCACGUGGUAGUCAGUGUAAUACACCACACACUAUGAGAGUGGUGUUAUACAUUCCAAGAAGUAAUAAAUUCACUUUUAGGUAGUUUAGCUAUGUAAUAGAUCGUCAUGAUAGUUUAAGUGUGUAACUAAUUUUUCGGUACAACUUGGGAGGGGGGAAUUUAUGCAUUUUUCCUUUUGUAAUUAUGGAUAUCAUGUCAUUUCAUGUAUCUUUUAUGGUUUUCAUUGAGCAAUAAAGUGUACAUGCUGCUAAA